GUCCUUGGGCAGCUCAGCGGCAUCACGGGUCGGCUGUCCAACAUCGAGAAGACCACCACCCAUGGCAUCCAAGCGGUCAAAAUCUCGCUCGCGGCACACGACAGAGCCAUGCAGCAGAUUAACUCUAUGCUCAAUGGGUUCGAGGCGAACAUGCGCUCGUCUUCCGAAACGGAUGUUUUGGCUGCAUUCCGUACCGACGUGGAGACGCGUGCGAACGCGAGUAAGUCCUCUGCUUCCUCGGUAUUUCUCCGCUUCCUCUGCGUCUUCGGCAGGUGGAUCCCCCACCUGAUUUCCGACCUCGCGCCGCAG